GCCAAGAGAAAUUGAAGCGUUGAAACGAUUAUGGCGAAAAGACGAAAAAUGUCAGCCAACAGAAGAGAAACAGAAUAAAAACACGAGUUGUCUGAUUUUUCAAAUACGAAUAAAUUGUUUAUUAAAAAUGUUCAAAUAAUUGAUGUUUAGUUGCUGUGUCAUAAAUAAAUCCAUACGUUACUGCCGCCUAAUUCUUCAGAUAGCGCGUGUUUGAAGAUGUACAUUCAUCACUGAUCUGUUCUCUUCACUUUCUCCUCUUGUAGUGGAUGGCAGAGAUUGACUUUUUGUCUGCUGAACUUGAAAAUGAUGAUGAGUGUAGAGACGAUGAAACAGACAGACUCAACCUAUCGUCCCCGGGGAAAAAUAGUACCAAGUCUCCAGAUCAAUUGGUUGGUCAUAUUUCCUAUUCUUACUUUUUGUGACAGUCAAAGGAGUUAAUUUGUUCGGAGAAAAAAGAAGAGAUAACGACUCAAGAAACUGUCGAGAUAUGUCAGAAGACAGUCAAUCCGAACAAUCGUGUUAAUGCUGAAAACUUUAAAAUUCAACGUGUUAUUGGCAAAGGAGGCUACGGAAAGGUUCGUGGAGCUUCUCUGCCUUAGUGUGCAGGUUUUUCUAGUUCAGAAGGUUGAUGGCGUUGAUCAAGGAAAACUGUACGCCAUGAAGGUUUUAAAGAAGGCCAGGCUAGUGUGCAAUGAAAAAGAUAAGGCACACACUGUUUCUGAAAGGAAUAUCCUUGAAAUGUUACAGGUACCGGUUUCAUUUGUUUACUAGUCUUAGCACCCUUUUCUGGUGAAACUUCAUUAUGCUUUUCAAAAUCACUCCAACUUGUAUAUUGUGUUAGAAUAUUGCCACGGAGGGGAGCUGUUUAACUACUUGGAACGUGAAGGAGCUUUGUUAGAAAAUGCUGCGUGUUUUUACGCUUCUGAAAUUGUUCUAGCCAUUGGACAUCUGCAUUCGUUGGGUAUAAUCUAUAGGGAUUUAAAGUCCGAAAACGUGUUGUUGGACCGCCAGGGUCACGUGAAGCUUACUGACUUCGGGCUCUCAAAAGAGGGUGUAUGCACUACCAAUACAUUCUGUGGAACGAUUGAGUAUAUGGCCCCUGAAAUAAUCCGAUGUGAGGGUCAUGGAAAAGCAGUAGACUGGUGGAGUCUUGGAACUUUAAUCUACGAUAUGCUAUCUGGAACGCCACCAUUUAGCCAAGAGGAAAGUCGUGAAGCUACUACACGCAAAAUACUCACAGCCCCUUUAAAAUUUCCACCAUCAUUCUCAUCCGAAGUUAUCAGUCUCAUACGUGGCUUGUUAAAACGUGACCCAAAUGAAAGACUAGGAAGCAAAGAAGAUAUGGAGGAAAUCAAACGACAAAAAUUUUUCAAACGACAUGAAAUAAAUUGGUCUGAUGUCUAUAACCGACGUUUAAAACCACCUUUCCGCCCUAAACUAACUGCUGAGAAUGAUGUAUCGAUGUUUGACCCAUCGUUUACCCGUUUACAGCCAGUUGUUAGUCCGGUCGAUGGUGGUGCAUCCAUUCCUCCGGAUAUGUUCCAGGGCUUUUCAUAUGUGGCACCAAGUGUCUGUGAGGAUAGUUUACGAGAUAAUUGGACAGAUAACUUACCAAGUCGUCAUCGAAGACAUGGUUUACGUGGUGCCAUGUCUGCUGGACGUUUAAGACGUAUUGGUUUCGGUCAUUUGAAUGCACCAAAUCGAAUUCCUGAGGAUAUUGUUGUUCAUAAUAUUCCAUUACAAAUUCAACCGGAACUAAAUGAUUUCCAUGAUUUUAGUGCAGACUAUCGGCAAAAACCUGUAAUUCAUCAAUUGUCUAAUCAUGUAUUAACUCAAGGAAGUACAAAUGAUAAACGUACUACUGUUCACUUACCUGAUCAUCAUCAACAACAACAAUGCGAUUCAAAUGAUACUCAACAGCUGCACAAAAUGUUGUCAGGAAAAUCAACUCAGAUAAUCAAGUCGAAUGGUACUACAAAUGGUAAUAAUGUUAUUAAAAAAGAAAAGGAACUAGAUGAGCAGGAAGACGAUAAUGACGAUGAUGAAAUAGCUGCCGAAGAAGAAGACAAUGUUCCAGGAGCAAAACAAAUACAACCAAUUAGUACUCCAAAAUAUCUACCACUUUGUAAAUAUGAAUCUAAAAGCAAUGAUAUAAUGACUAAUAUCGAUACUAACAGUAUUCAUCCAAUCACAAAACCAUCUAAUAGGAAUCCUACAAAAUAUGCACCUUUCAGUGGUUCACUUCAAUGUCAUCCAGAAUUACAUACAAAUACAAAAAUGAUCCAUUCACGUUUAAUGUAUAAUUGUCAGACUGGAUCAUUUCCACAUAAUACUACUACUACUACUAAUAAAUUAGGACAUGCUACGACAUCACAUCUCCCUGGAAUACAAACUGGACCACGUAUCACUACACCGUUACAACGUCGUAGUCCAAAUUGUGCAACAACCCUACAUUCAGAUGUUCCUAUUACUCAUACUACUGUAACAACAGGUACAAGUACUUCAACAAAUGCUAAAUGUACUAUUAUGUAAUAUUGUACAGUUUCGCUCUUUCUAUCCUACAAUACUGUGAUUCUUAUGUAAAGUAUCAAAAUAGAUUUAUAUUCUUCUUUAAAGUUCAUCCAACAUCCAACUCAUCCACCAUUCAUUGACAAUAGAUAUUCAAUGAAAAAUUCAUUUCAUCUUCAAGUUCCUUGUCCAUAUGUUUAUCUUCUCCAUUUCUUGGUUUCCUUUUGUUUUGUCUAAUAUGGAAAAAUGAUAAAUGAUCGAAAUAUACCAUACUGUUUACUUCUUGGAAAACGUCAUGAAUACAUAAAGUAAAACAACAUACAUGUUAUAAGUCCAUAUAUAAAUGAUUUUGACACAUCUCCCUUUCUUCCUUCCUUCCCCCCUCUUUCCUCGUUCUCUCUCUCGCCCUCUCUCCACGCACACACACAGCUUGUUUAUACAUGUAUAUAAAACCAUCAGUGUUAAUUAUGAUCUUUCAUUCUAAACAUUCCUAACAUUUUAUACGAAUACUUUCUAUAUUAAUACUAUUCUAUCUUUGUUGUUCAUUUCUUAGUUCUUUAUUGCUUGACUACUUUAUAUCCAUCCAAUUGGUUGACUAUCAUCACCCACCGAUCCCCUUUUUUUCGGUUCACAUUGUUCUGACAUAGCGUCUUCACACUAAUCAUAGCAGCCAUAUAUUUUAUACCAGAAAUAUGUCUUGUAUUAAAUGUUUAUCAAAUUCCAGGACAUUUGGUCCUCAGAACGCUAUCAAUCUUGUUUUUUUAUCGAUUGUGUGACCUUUCUUGAGUGAAGGUUGAGCUGGGUAAACGACGUUAGAAGUGAGCAGUUUAUUCAAAUAUACAUUACGUAAUUGUUUUUUUGUCUUCAGUCAUUGACUUAAUGAGUUACAUUUGUCUUUGCCUUCCUUUAAUAUUCUGUUCAUAUGAAAAUUUAUGAUAUAAUAAUAUUAAGACAAGCGGUAUUGUCAAUAUGUAUAUAUAGUCUGUCUUUACAAUU